AGCCUCUUGGCAAACAUAAAAUAAAGCAGAUAUGGAAAGCAGAAUUAGGAGUGCAAAUUGACUAUUAAAUUUUACCUGCCUAAUGAUUCCUUUGUACAAGUGUGUAGCAUUAAUCUAAACCACUUCAUUUGUAGCUUGUAAACCAAUUUCAAAAUUAAAUGAAAAGAAAUGCUUUUCUUGGAUAAGAAGGUUAACAUACCUUCAGAAUUGUCAAAUAAAAUUAACAAAAAUCAAAAAAUAAAAGGAAAAUAAAAUAAAGGUUAACAUACCUUUGGGAGGAUUUGCAUGCACUAUUGUUAACUUAUGCAUAUGUUAAGCUUUGAAAGCCAAAAAUUUUUCCCUUUUCCUUCUUUCCAUACUUUGUCAAUCCCCUACUGGUGCCCCAUCCAUAUUAACUAAAUUUACUCGGUGAGCUCUAGAGCAAACCAUGUAUCACACAGUUGAAGAAUGAAUUGGCACUUGGUCCAUGGUUUGGAAUUUGACAGAAGCAUGAAAUGAAGUAAGUUUUAGUUUACGUUUGUGAAGAGUAAGAUUAAUUGCAUGCGUAGAGACACUUUGACUGGCGCCAUUGAACGUAUAAUAUGUUGAAAAACUUGAAAAUAAAUUCUCUUGCACUCACAUUAGGCUUUGAGUUUACUCUAUUUCCUGGUUUCAUAGGACUAUCUACAUACAUUUUAAUGGGGCUUUGAAUGUUUUCUGUACACUUUUCUUUCUACUCCUUGUAUUUAAGAAUUCACUUGUAGAAGAUGGCUUUAGCUAGAAGUGAUAUAUUAGUUUUGUUCACUACCAGCCAGAACCGAGAAUAUGUAGUAUGCAAGCUGAAAUUCUCUUAGUUAGGCAUUGGAAUAUACAUAUGUUUUUGAGGUCAAAAAUUUGGCUUUUAGCAGGAAAGCUUUCAUCGGAAUUGUGUCAAGUAAGGGUUCCACAGAAACUCACAAGAAAUGUCCUUAAGCUCUCUUUGUACAAGACACAGGGAAUGAGACCAGGUGUGGUUCCUUACAAAGGCAUUUUUUCUGCGUUAAGAAGGAUUUCACACGAGGAAGGAAUACGGGGGUUGUAUAGUGGUCUUUUGCCUUCACUAGUUGGGAUAAGUCAUGUUGCAAUCCAAUUUCCAGCUUAUGAAAAGAUCAAGUCCUACUUCGCGAAAAGGGAUAAUACAACCACCAGUAAGCUAAGUCCCGGGAAACUUGUGAUUGCCUCAGCAGUAUCUAAAUUAGUUGCCUCUGUAAUGACUUACCCCCACGAGGUAAGUGUCUGGAUUUUCUCAUCUGUGACAACCAAGAUUUCUAUCUUCACGUGUAUGAAUAUAUAAAUAUAUAUAUAGAUAUAGACAUGUGGACAUAGAGGUUGUGCAACUAACCUAUUUAGAACGACUCCAUCUGCUGUUAUAACAUUUACCAGCUACGAGAUGAUACAUAGGUUUUUGCAGCAGAUUUUACCUCCAGAGGAGAGGAAUUCAGUGGCCAAACCUGAAUCUGAUGGCCAUAUUAAGCCUAAGGAGGAAAAUUUCACGACUAGAGAAAAUGAGGAUACAAAAAUUUUACGGAAAUCGCAAACCCAUCUAGUAAGAUAACCACAACAGUUCCUUUUGGGAAGCCCUGAUAAAGAGCUAUGGGCUGAAUAGUGACAAUUGUUUGUCUGCCAUAUUAUGGCACAGUGAGGAAUAAAAGUAGUUUUGCAAUUUUUUUAUAAACUUGUGGUUUAAUUGUAGUCUUCUUUUAUAAUGUGUUUUAAGUUUCUUUUUAUAAACUUGAAUUUUUUUAUUUUUGGGGAUAUUGUACAAGAACUUUGGCUAGUUUAAUAUGGUUAAAUGAGGAAGCACCUGUUUGGUGCUUGUGAGAGAGGCUAGAAUAGGAGUAAAUCCACAUGGAAUUUUCAACACAUCAUUGAUAAAAACUAUCAACAUUUGUCACACCCCAAGGUAGUUGUUUCUUGUUUAUUGUUAGAUAGAUCAAUAGUUUACGCAAUCCUUCUCUUUGCCUUUUCAAUCUUCAUAUUUAUCUUCUACGGUAAAGACAUUUUCCAACAUGAGCAGAUGAAACCUCUAUCUUCUGAAGGGUCUCAAUCUCAACAGGUUUGUCAUCUUCUUCCGAAUUCCCUUCUCAGUUAAAUUAUGAUGAAGAUCUCGUUUUUUGUUAAUUUGGAGAGCUGGGUUUUGUUUUGUUUUUUUUUUGUUUUUUUAAUGUUGUUUGUGUUGAUGGGUUGUUGUGAUUUGGUAAAAAAAUUGGUGUGUUGAAAAACAUCCUUAACUUGGUCAUUUAGAGAAUUGCGUGUUGGAUAUGUUGAUUGGUAAAAAAUUGGGUUUUUCCUGAAGGCUGUGUUUGGAUUUGGAUUAUGAAUUUGAGUAGUGAUUUGGAAAGGGAAAGGAAAAGGAGAGUAAAAUAUAAGAUAUUUUAUUUAUUCAUUUUUUUCUGUUUCUUUUCAUUUUCCAAAUCCCUACCCAAGUUCAACCCAAAUUCUUGAUCCUAAAGCUGUAUCAUGGUGGAGUUAAUGGUUUUCAUGAUUUUUUUAUUUUUUUUCCUUUGGUAUUUGCUAGUUUGGGCUGUCUUUUGGAAUUAGGUCAUUGUCUUCGCAUAUGUUAGGUUAUUGUUGUUGACUUUUGCCGAUCAUUGUCAAUUUUAAUUUUAAUUUUAAUUUUUUUAAAGUCAGAACUGCAUAAUUGGAUAAUCAGGAAUCAGGAUAUGUUGAUAUUUUACUCCAUUUUCUUAUACUUUCGGAACCAGUGCCGCCAGGAAGUCUCUAAAUCUUCAAAGAGAGAAAACUAUAAGGAGCAACAGAUUUUCUAUUACCUAUGUAAAAUGAACAGUCACAUUGGAACUGAGUGCAGUGUGUCAAACAGGGUUACUUUAAGAUAUUUAUAUGAACAUAUAUAUAAGCUGCAAUGUGUGUAGAUUAUGUGAUAAAAUACCUUAAAUUUUAGUUGUUU